AUGUCGACCUUUGACCUGUUGCUUGAACUGAUGUUGCGCAUUGUCGAGUUGCUGCUCAUGUUAAUGUUUACCCACCACACCCGCCAGAAGCCCAGCGCCUACCCUCGCCUUCCCUUCCACGCCAUCCGGGCCUUCCAACUUAUUUCCUCCGUCAUAGUGUCUAGCAUACUAUUCUACUUCACAUCAUCGCUGUCCACCUCACACCACAGUCUACCGUGGACAUUUAUCCUCGUACCUUCCCCACCGCACCCUUUCCCUCGGUGUACUAAUACACGCCAGCUUCUCUCGACCGCCCUCCUCACCAUCCUCACCCUCGCCUGUACAUUCGCCCUGCACCAAUUUCACGGCCUUAAUCCUAUCCUCGCGUUGUCUAUCAACGCUGUCCUCGGGAUACUAUGGGCUGUGUCGUUUGCGCUGCUGAGCUGGUGGUCUUCGGGCACGCUCGCACAUGUGUGCACAGAGGACAAUUGGGAGAACGAGACGGGCAUCGCCGUGUGUAGAAUGUACAAGGUGCUGUUUAGUUUCAGCCUGCUCGGGCUGGUCGCCGCGCUUGUGGCGCUGGGUUUAGAUGUGCAUGUUAAGAAGCAAGCGGGAGCGAGGGGGCAGUUUCAAACUAUCGGAAUGGGUGCGGGAAGUGAUGGGAAGGGGCGCGCGGAAGAUAGGGCAGGUGGAGCUGGAGCUGGAAGAGAGGGUUAUGCACUGCCUGAAGAGCAGUUUGCGUACGCUGAUGAUACGGGAUAUCAUGGUGCUGCGGGUCAGGUUGGGCGAAGAAGUGCUGAACAACGAUUAUAA